GUAUCGGCUAAGAAAUAGAAUACCAUCUCUGUCUGUGUGCCAUGUCCAUUGCUAUGGCGUUAAGCAUUUCUUGUAAUUACACAGCAGUUUCUGCCCAAAAUCAAGUGAGAGUGACUGUAAAGAGCAACAGUACUACAGCACUUGAAAACGUCAGAAACCUCGUAAGAGCUGUUGGGAUUCCUUCAGUUAAGUCUUCUCCGGUGGAAUCUCUCCAAAAGGGCAACUGGGUCAAGCUCAUUUGUGGUGCAAGCUUCGAGGAUGUGGUUGAUAUCAGAAAUCUCUCUCUUGUUUACACUCUUGCUGGAGUGGAUUGCAUAGACUGUGCUGCUGAUGCAUCAGUUGUGAGUGCGGUGAACGAGGGAAUUGAAGCAGCCACGGAGAUUUUUGAUCUUCUAAGGCCUUGGGUCAUGAUCAGUGUUAAUGAUGAUGAAGAUCUUCAUUUUCGCAAGGCUGAAUUUGAUCCUGAGGAUUGUCCUCUUGACUGCUCAAGGCCUUGUCAAAUGGUUUGUCCAGCUAAUGCAAUAUCUUUGGAGGAUAGAAAUUCAACAUCACAACUAUCCUAUGCCGCCAAUACAAAUGGUGGAUUCAAGGGUGGAGUUCUAACUGAGCGCUGUUAUGGAUGUGGCCGUUGCUUUCCUAUUUGCCCAUAUGACAAAAUAAAUGUGGUCACAUACAUAAGAGAUAUUAAUUCCACGGCUGAGCUUAUUAAAAGAGGUGAUGUUGAUGCUUUAGAGAUACAUACCAGUGCAAGGCAGACUUCUCCAUUUAAAGAACUUUGGGACGGUUUGCAAGAUUCAAUUAGACAUCUCCGACUAGUGGCGGUUAGUUUACCUGACAUUGGGGAGACAACAAUUACUUCUAUGAAUUCUCUGUAUUCGAUUAUGGAACCUCAUCUACAUUGCUUAAAUCUUUGGCAGUUGGAUGGCCGCCCAAUGAGUGGAGAUAUCGGCCGGGGUGCUACUAAGGCAUCCAUUUCUUUUGCUCGUCGCUUGGCUGCUACUCGAGAAAGACCGAAUGGCUUUCUUCAAUUGGCGGGUGGUACUAAUGCUCACACAGUUGAUGGGUUGAGAAAAGUUGGGCUUUUCCAAACGUCAUCCUCUUCUGAGAACUCGAGGGACGAAAAGCUAAAGGUUGGUUCACCGAGUCCUAUGAAUGCUUCAAUCGCGGGUGUUGCUUAUGGUGGCUAUGCAAGAAAGAUUGUUGGGAGAGUCUUGAGUACCAUGCAGUCUCAGCAAGGCGCUGUUCGCAUCGAGGAGCACCCGGAGCAUCUUCUUCAAGCGCUUAGAGAAGCCCUUGCUUUAGUUGGAACUGUGAAAUGUUAUGAUCCGUCACCAGUACUUCUACAAUAGCAUUCGACAUAUUGGCAUUCUCAUUUCACCAUAUCAGCGGGUGAUAAACAGUUAUUGGAUAUGAUGAAUUUUCAACAAGUUUGUCUUACACUCUGUUGUGGUAGUUUUGCUAUGUUGCCAAAUCUAUGGUCAUUACAUCACUAACGAAUAAUAUUUUGUUACGAGGAAACAAAUAUAUAU